UGUGUGUGUGUGUGUGUGUGUGUGUUUGUGGGUGUGUUUAAGGGUGUGUGUGUGUAUGUGUGUGUUUAAGGGUGUGUCUGCUCAUAUAGUCUCUCUGUGUCUCCAGCGACUCAUUCAUUCAUUCCGUCUGAUCUUGUCCAGCUGAAGUCGCGCUAUAACGUAAUGGAGUCUCUCUCUACAGCAAACUCUCAGUUCUGUCUCAGUCUGUUCCAGAAGAUCAGUUCAGGAAAACCCGCAGGAAAUGUCUUUUAUUCUCCUGUCAGUAUUUCUGCUGCUCUGUCGAUGCUGUCUCUCGGAGCAUCCGGAAAUACAGCGACUCAGAUGAAGCAGACUUUGCAUUUUGCAGAUGCAGAGGGGGAAAUCCACGUUGGGUUCAAGAAGUUUAUGAGCGAGCUGAACAAAGCAGAAGCUCCGUACGCUUUGAGUCUCGCCAAUCGCCUCUAUGGAGAUCAGUCCUACCAGUUUGUUGAGAAAUUCCUUAGUGAUACAAAAAGCCUGUAUGAGGCCGGACUGGAGACCGUUGACUUCAUCCAGAAUGCAGAAGCAGCACGUGUGGACAUCAACAGCUGGGUGGAGAAACAAACACAAGAGAAGAUCAAGGAUCUGCUGGCUGAAGGAGACGUUAAUGCGCUGACGAGAAUGGUGCUGGUGAACGCCAUCUACUUCAAGGGAAACUGGGAGAAAAAAUUCAGUGUAGAAAUCACCAAAGAGGAGCCGUUCAGGUUGAACAAGAAUGAAAUGAAGCCUGUUCAGAUGAUGCAUCAGAAGGCAAAGUUUCCUCUGGCCUUCAUCCCGGAACUGAACUGUCAGAUUCUGGAGCUGCCGUACGUUGGGAAAGAUCUCAGUAUGUUGAUCAUGCUUCCAAACGAGAUGGAGGACGACAGCACUGGCCUUCAGAGGCUGGAGAAGGCUCUAACCUACGAGAACUUCAUGGAGUGGACCCGACCCGACAUGAUGGAUGUUCUGGAAGUUCAAGUAUCUCUGCCCAGAUUCAAGAUGGAGGAAACCUAUGACAUGAAAGGUUUACUGGUCAGCCUGGGGAUGGUGGACGCGUUUGACCUGCAGAAGGCUGACUUUUCAGGCAUGUCCCCCAACAACGAUCUGGUGUUGUCUAAGGUCGUCCAUAAAUCCUUCGUUGAAGUGAAUGAAGAGGGGACGGAGGCUGCAGCAGCGACCGGCGCCAUCAUGAUGAUGCGUUGCGCGAUGCGUCCAGAACGCUUUCAUGCAGAUCACCCCUUCCUCUUCUUCAUACGUCACAAUGCCACCAAGAGUGUCCUGUUCUAUGGACGCUUCUGUUCUCCUUGAGCUUCUGCUGAACUGAGAUGCUCCUGUCCACAACACACGUGUACUUCGGAAAGUUCUCAAUAAAAUUAGUCAAAAUAAUAGACGACAGGUCUUUGUACUCGCGGAAACUCCAGUUGUACCUGCUCCUCCCUGAAAUUUACUGCUGCCUUAUUUACACAGUGCCUUUGUUUCCUUUUUUGCAUAAUUCUGGAGAUAAAUGGUCUAUUUACUGUAACCGUGUAUUCAACAUUAUGGAAAAGAAAACACUUACGCUUGUUUAACAAUAAAAUGUUUUAAACAUUUAUAGUACACUGAAAAA